GAGUUGACUUUACGCUAGUUGACAGCAUCGCUGCAGCGGACGAAAGACGGUGGAUAUAUAAUUUUCCAUUUGAGAAGCUCUGUGGUAAUAAGCAACGUAUAAUUGAAGAUAAUUUCUUUUCCUUCAUACGUUUUGAUAUUCUGCAGAAAAAUGCCACGUGGAAAGUUUGUCAACCAUAAAGGCAGGAAUCGCCGCUUUACCAAUCCUGAAGAGUUAGAGGAGCAACGAAGACAGGAAGAACAACAACGACAGUGGAGAAAAACCCGAGGUGAUCCGAGCUCUAGUGAAGAAGAAAUUGAAGAAUCCAAGGUGGCUGCUGGUGACAAACUGAAGAAAGUAGAAGAAUCUGGAUCCGAUAGUGACAGCGAUUCAGGAUCGGAGUCUGAGUCAGACCCAGAAGGCAAAGCAAAGGGAGUAGAAAAUCUAAUCCAAGUAGAAAAUCCGAACAGGGUACAGAAAAAAGUGAAAAAACUAUCUCAGCUCAAUGAGACUCUAGCAAAAUCAUCUAAACCUGAAUUAUCGCGGAGAGAAAGGGAAGAACUGGAGAAACAAAGAGCAAAAGCGCAUUAUCAGAAGCUGCAUGCUGAGGGAAAAACAGAUGAAGCACGUGCAGAUUUAGCACGAUUAGCAAUAAUCAAACAGCAGAGAGCAGAGGCGGCUAAACAGCGCGAGGAUGAGAAAAAGCAAAAGGAAUUAGCGCAGCAAAAGAAAACGGAACUGACGCAAAAGGCGUUGGGAAAACGAUCCUAGUGCGAAUGAGCGAGUUACUAAUGAAUACCAAUUACACAUUGUAUAAUUAUGACUUUCACUGAUCGACUUUAUUUGAUAUUCUCUUGAUUUAUUAUCGGAAACAAAUUUUGCUGAAAGGUAUGCCACUACAUGCCUUAAUUCAUGAAUUUGUAUUUGUUUGUAUAAAUACAGUUAUAAUACCAACAA